AUGUUUCAUCAAGUUGUCUAUGUGGCAAAUAAAGAUAUUGGUGAAGGUUUCCGACUAGAAAACGAGGAAAAGCAGGGCUUCAUUAUGGUCAAUAAUGUCGGGUCCAAUGCCACUUUUGAACCGGGAUCUGUCACUGUGGAUGACGUUAAUCAAUACUUCUAUCAACUGUCUGGUUUGACCCUUGACAAAGUCACCCCUGAGAUCGUGUCAAUUAAUUGUUGGACUAUGGCGGCGUACACCGCUGGUCGGUUUGAGAGCAAGGGCGGUCAAGUUUUCCUUGCUGGAUGCUCUGCCCAUACUAUGCCACCAACUGGAGGCUUGGGUGAACACUGA